AGUAUACAAUAUUUUAUACAACAUUUCAGUUGGUAGUCAGACAUUCCUUAAAUUGUGAAAAGAGCUCGCGCAUGGUGACUGUGACCACAUGUAUAAUUAGAUAGUACAAGGAUUGGACCGAUGUAUUACAAAUUUAGAUUCAUUUAACAUUUAAUGGAAAACAAGUUAUAGUUGGUUACCAUGGAUAUCAUUACAAACGGCAACGACGACAUACACAUAAGUCAGAUAGAGGCUGACCUUGAACAUCAAGCAACAGGUCACAAAACCAAACUAUUGACUAACCUUAAUACACUUCGUAAAGAGAAGCAAUUGUGUGAUGCCAUUCUAGUCAUUGGGCGGCAUGAAACUCCAGUUCACAGAGCCGUUGUGGCAUCUUCCAGUACUUACUUAUUGGAAAUAUUCAAGAAAGAUAAAAAGGAAAAGAAAGAAGGGCAAACACAGAACAUGUAUAAGUUAAAGGACAUAGACUAUGAAAGUUUUCAGUUUCUAUUGGAUUAUAUCUAUACUGGCAGGUUGGCAGUUCCUGGCCCACAUGUCAAGGCGGUGUACAAAGCAGCCGUCAGACUGAAAAUAGCCGACGCUGCCAGAAUUUGUUCCCAGUUUUUAGCUUCCAAUCUCUCCGUAGCCAACUGUUUAGGUGUUCGUAGAUUUGCUGUGGAUGAUGAUCUGAGGAAAAAAACAGACCUUUUUAUCCAAAAUAACAUUAAUACUGUGACAUGCAGUAAACUAUUCUUUGGUCUGUCAACAGUACUGGUUGAAAUUAUUGGUGCAGAUGAGGAAUUGAUAGAGCCGAGUAACAGUCAUCAUAUGGCAGAGUUAGUACUAAGUUGGGCUAGAGAUAGCAUAGAUACAGAAAAACCCAGGCUAGAUAACUUGUUAGAACAGGUUAAUAUAUUAUAUUUAAACAAAGACAACACUCUGACAGACUUUAAGGACAUUAAUGAUGAAAGGACGAAAGAAGAAGAAGAUGUUCGUGAAUAUAAAUGUAUUAAGAAAAGACAAGUAGUACCACAGAAAGACCCAGUUGCCAAUUUAAACAGUCCACUGAAUGGAAAUGUUCUGAAAUUUAACAUCAAUCCUGAAAACCCAAUCUCACCUAAAGAAUGGUUAGUUAUAGCUGACUACCAAACCAAAGAUAAAACUUUUAUGUCCUUGUGUAUGCUGAAUGGUGACUUGGCUGUUUUAUCCAUACAUUGUCGAACGAAGGCCCACAGUCCACCAGACAGUGGAUCAGAAGCACCUGAUUCACCCACCACCAAUGGUAUGACCUUGGAAAGAGCCGUGUCCUUGACACCAUUAGCAUCAAUGACAGUACCUCGGUGUGGAUUUGGUCUGAAGGUUGUGAAUAACAAGCUAUUUGCCUGUGGUGGCUAUGACAGAGGAGAAUGUAUGAAAUCAACAGAGUUCUAUGACUCACAGACAAACAAAUGGAUUCCAGCUGCAGAUAUGUCGGUCCCUAGAGGGCGCUUUUCUACUGAAAAUGUUCAAGAUGUUAUAUAUGCUGUUGGUGGUUCAAAUGGUCAAAUAGAACAGAAGACAGUAGAAUGUUAUAAUUAUGAGACAAAUAAAUGGUCAACAAUAUCUCAAGUGGCUAAAGCCAAAGUAUCUCAAGCAUUGGUAUGUGUAGAUAACAAGUUAUAUUGUAUUGGAGGUUGUGUGGGACCCAAAAGUGUCCCUGACUGUGAAGUUUAUGAUCCAGAGACAAAGAGUUGGUGUAAAAUAGCACCAUUAAAUACAGGACGAUACCAGAUUGCAGCCUGCUAUCACAAAGGUCUUAUAUAUGCCAUUGGAGGUACAGAUGGUUGGAAUGUUCUAGGAAUAACAGAGGUGUAUGAUAUUAAAACAGAUAAAUGGGUGAUGGGACCAAGCUUGAAUGUGGUUCGCAGAGGUGCUGGUUGUGGUAUAGUCAAUGGUAAAAUACAUGUUGUUGGUGGAAGUGAUGGAUCUAAUAGUCUGAAAUCGGUAGAAAUUCUAGACAACAACAACUUCAUACUUGGAAGUACAAUGAGUAUAGGUAGAGCCAAUGUGGGCGUGGUCAGUUUUAACAAUCGACUUUAUGCUGUCGGUGGAUUCAGUGGCAAAAAAUUCCUUGAUACAUUUGAAUACCUUGACCCAAAAUCAGAAGAAUGGUGCAGUUAUGUUCCAGCAGAGGAGGUUCAGAAAUCACUGAAAAAUGGACACACCUCAACUUAAACAGUUAUGAAUUUGAUAUUUUUGAUUGGGAUCUCUAGUCCAGAUGAUUUCACAUAUACAUGUAUUAUCAACCUUAACACUUCUAAUGCCGGUGAAAUAUUUUCCCCCCAAAACAUGCCAGUUGUCUCCCAUUUAUUAACUUACAAGAGUUAUCUGUCCUUUUGAGAUAUAACUUGUAUAUUCUUAUUGUUAUCAUGCAUUUUGGUCCAUUGUUUUUUUGCCAUAAAAGAAAAUUGCUUAGGUGAAAAAAAAUUCAAUGGAAAGUUAUAAAUGAUAAAAAGUGACUUGAGAAGUAUUUUUAAAGUAAGAUAAAUUGCUAGGCAGGUGUUUCAAAAAUGAAUUCUAUAGAUACAAUAGAAAUAACUGUUGCUACACAAAUACCAACAUAGGGAAUACAAUGUUUCGAAGAGAUAAUCAAUAACCUCUAUAAAAGGGAGUACAUUUUAUAAUAGACAGUUAUCUCCCAGACAGUUCUGUGAAAUAUUCAUGUUGGUUUUAUUUUAAAUGUUAAAGGUUGCUCAUAAAUCACUUAUCAAAUUACAUUCCUAAACAUAUGACCAUGACUGAAACUAUUUUUUUCAUAAAUUGCAUUGAAAUCAUGAAAUUGUGCAUCAAGAUUAAAAAGAGUAGCUCAAGGAAAUCAAUGGAUUCUUAUUUUAAUCAUCCUUAAAUUUUAUAUUAGCCUCUAAUGUACUUUUUUUUUAAAUCAGAUUAAGCGACUACCAAUUUUUGAAUGUUUUUGUUCAAAUGAAAUUAAUAAAAAAACUGAUUGUCAAUGUAUUUUUAUUAUUUCUUCAUACUGAAAACCUUCAAAGGGGAAUAACUCAGUGACAAAAAUCUAUAUUUUCUUAUAUUCAAAACUAAAACAUCAUUUAAAUUAAUGAAUUGUCAGAGUUACCCAUUUUUUGUAUUUGAAUAUGUGGUAAAUGUAACCAGAUACUUACUAGUCUGAUUCCCUCUCUUAAUCGUUUCAUGUUCUCACUCCCUCAGUUAACUCCCCUGAUUACACCUCUGGCACCAGUGUAACUUCCUCAUUUUAUCUACAGGGUAUGCAGUAUUAUAUUUGAUAAAUCAUCAUAUUGCUAUAACAUAGUGCUAUUUAAGAAUUGUAAGUAAGAAUUGUUUUGAUUAUUUAAAAAAAAAAAUCACUGUUUUUUAUAUUUCUACAAUCAACAAGUUGCUCAAAUUUUGGUCAUUUUAAUUAUUUUCUAUUUAUACUUUGUUUGCCAACAUGGCAUGAACGUUGUAUAAUGGAUAUUUUGAAGUGAGAUUUUUAUAAUUUUCUUUUGUUUUCUUGCAGUACUAAACACAUUGUUUAUGUAUAUAACUUCUAGACAUUUGUAUUCUAAAUUUCAGUAACUUCAACAAUUGUAAAUUGUUAUAUUUUCAUGUUUAACAACUUUGAAUAUCAGUGAGGUUCUUCGAGGUUGUUGAACACCCUUGACACCUUGGAAUUAAAAUAUGUUGACCUCAUCAUUUCUGGAUUUUUAUUUACAGUUUUGCAGAAAACAACAAAUUUUUUUCUGCAUAUUAUUUCUGUUGCUGUUAUUUAUACAAAAUUAUCUAAAGCAUUCUUAUAAAAUAUGUUUAUAGAUGUAAAAUAAUGUCAUUACUAAGUAAAUUAUUUAUAAAUCAAAUAUUGAAUGUGUCAGAAUUUUUCAUUGAAAUGAAAUUUGUACCAGACCAGUCAAAGGCAUUUUAUUGUGUUAGAGUAGUAUAAAAUGCCAAGGAAGUAUGUUAUUUUCUUUAUUAGACAUUGUAUCAAUAAAUUAUAAUAUUUGUAAUAGAAGGAGGUAAAGUUAUAAAGAUUAAUGGACAGACGGCCAUGAUUACUCAUGGAAUAACUGCUAGAAAGGAUGAAGCCUACAAGCAGUUUUGCAUUCUUUUUUGCUUUAAAAAGCUUAGAACAGUGAGGGGAGUAGGAGGGAUCCUGAUCCCGAAAUCCUGGGCUUAAAAACUCGAAAUCCCGAAAUCCUGGGCUUAAAAAUACGAAUUCUCUGGGUUCCGAAAUUCAAAAAAAUAAUUCCCAGAUCCCGAAAGGGUCAUCCUGAAACCCGAGUUUAAAAACACACGAUCAUGGAGUCCCGAUAAAGGUCCUAUCCCCCCUCAACAGUGAUUGAGGUUACUAAAGAUUUAUUUUUAUUCAGUUGACAAAAUCACUGUUGAGAAAAUUGUAGCCGAUUUAGAAACUUUGGUAUUCCUAAGCGACUUUUAUACUGAAAUGUGCAUGACUUAGGAGUAUUUUUACUAUUAAGAUUUCUUGUGAAAAAAACUUUUGUACCUUAAAGAUAUAAGAAUAGUAAGUGUAUCAAUUUUUCUAAAUCCUUAAAAUAUCAAAUUAAACAUUGUUUGUAUUUGUAACUUAGACAGUGCUAGAGUUAUUCAAAUUGUGAACAAAGUAAUCUGACCAAUUACAAAAUGUGAACUACAAAACAGAUGUUUUAAAAGCAGUAGAGUGUUGAAUAGUCUAAUGAGAGGGUGUAGGAGGGGUCCUGGUCCUGAAAUCCCGGGCUAAAAAAGACUUGAUCCCGAAAUCCUGGGCUUAAAAACAUGAAUUCCCGAGGUCCUGAAAUUCAAAAAAAAAUCCCGGAUCUUGAAAGGGUCAAUCCCGAAAUCCCGAGCUUAAUAACAGCUGAUCCCAGAGUCCCGAUAAAGGUCCUAUCCCCCUCUCUAAUCGAAAGAAAAUACUGUCUUUUGAUUACAAAUUUAAAAGAAAAAGGUGACAGUAUAUGGUACAAAAAAAUACCAGUGAUAAAGAAUGUAAUUAUGUUAGAAGAUGAUUUGAACAACUGUAAAUAAUUUAUGAUUGGUUUAACCAUUUCUAGAAUUGACUUAUUUGUAAAUAGAUCUGUUGGAAAUUUUGUUAAAUAAUUUGAAAAUAUUUAUUUGUACUAAUUGAUGAUUUCAUAAUUUUUCAAUAAAUUUAUGGUGAGACAUCCAAAUGCAUGUUUGGUCCCCUAUAAGUAAAGCAAAGGAAAUUACAACCUAUUGUUUUUUCUAUCAUUUUUUUACUAUUUUUUGCUCCAGUUUUAUUUUAGCUGUCUUGUCAUAUACAAAAAUGUAUAAGAAAUAGAUAAAUUGUGAGUGUUGUCUUCUUCAUUGAAUCAUGCCUAAUGAUUAAGAAUGACUCUUUACAAUCAAAGGUAAAUUUUUUAUUUGAUCUGUUGAAAUUUUUCAGAAUUGUGUCUUUUGGACUUUAAGAUAUACCGGUAUAUAAAAAGUAGAAUAUGUCUUUUGAUAUUGCUUUAGAUGGUAGGGGAAGUGUAUUGCUCAAGAUUGUUUAUUUAUUAGGUCUAUACCUACAAAGCAAUAAUAUCUCAGAAAAAUAAAUCAAAUUUAAAAAAAAUGAAAUAACUGUUUCAUUAGUCAUUUUAAUUGUGUCACAUAGGAGAUUUCCUCAUACAAAGAAACAAAAUAUUGUAAUUUUAAUUUUAAUUCCAAAUUUGAAUAACUGUAUUCAUUUUGUACAUUGUUCAGUUUCCAUAAUUUGUGUAUGAAAAGAUAUUAUAAGGCCAUUUAAAAAAAAAUGUUCUGUUUUUUCAGGCCCUUGUAUGUAGUUUUGUAUCUGUAACAUUUGUAAAAUGCAACGUUAAGAGAAUUACGAAUAUGUGUUUUGAUUGGUUUAUUUAAUAAAAUACUGACCAUAAUUAUUCCAGACAGUCCAGGGUAUAUGUUUCCUAUAUUUGUUACAAUAAAUAAAAGUUUACUGAA